GUGGCCGCCGCGGCGCUGGGGAUGGGAGGAGCCCCAGCCGCCAGCGCUGGUGGCCGCCGCCGCUGCGGAGCCGGAGCCAGAGCGGCCGCCUCUGCUCCCGCGCGACGCUGCUUCCUAGGGCGGCGGUAUGCUGGGGAAAGGCGUAGUCGGCGGUGGCGGCGGCACCAAGGCGCCUAAGCCCUCUUUCGUGUCCUAUGUGCGCCCCGAGGAAAUUCACACAAAUGAGAAGGAAGUAGCAGAGAAGGAAGUAACUCUUCACUUGUUGCCAGGUGAACAGCUGCUUUGUGAAGCCAGCACAGUACUGAAGUGUGUCCAGGAAGAUUCCUGUCAGCGCGGCAUCUAUGGGAAGCUGGUCUGCACGGACUUCAAGAUUGCUUUCUUGGGCGAUGACGAAGCUGUGUUGGACAGUGAUGAAACCCAAUUUAAGAAUAAGGUUAUAGGAGAAAAUGACAUUACACUCCACUGCGUGGACCAGAUCUAUGGAGUGUUUGAUGAGAAAAAAAAAGCACUCUGUGGACAACUGAAGAAAUACCCCGAGAAACUCAUCAUCCACUGCAAAGACCUCCGCGUAUUCCACUUUUGUCUGAGGUACACAAAAGAAGAAGAAGUCAAAAGGAUUGUGAGUGGCAUAAUUCAUCAUACCCAGUCGUCUAAACUGCUUAAACGAUUAUUUCUGUUUUCUUAUGCCACCGCUGCACAAAAUGAUACAGCCACUGACCCCAGGAACCACACUGUAAUGUUUGACACGCUUAAAGACUGGUGCUGGGAAUUGGAGCGGACCAGAGGCCACACGAAGUACAAAGCGGUCAGUGUCAAUGAAGGCUACAAAGUCUGUGAAAGGUUGCCAGCGCACUUUGUGGUCCCCAGCCCUCUCCCUGAAGAAGACGUGCCACGCUUUCAGGGUCACGGCAUACCAAUAUGGUGUUGGUCCUGCCACAAUGGAAGUGCCCUUUUGAAAAUGUCAGCGUUGCCCAAAGAACAGGAUGAUGGCGCUUUACAAAUCCAAAAGAGCUUCUUGGAUGGGAUUUACAAGACCAUUCACAGGCCACCCUAUGAAACUGUUAAAACUGAAGACCUGUCAAGCAACUUCCUAUCCCUGCAGGAAAUCCAGACGGCAUACUCUAAAUUUAAACAGCUCUUCCUGAUAGACAACAGUACCGAAUUUUGGGACACAGAUAUAAAAUGGUUUUCUCUGUUGGAAAGUAGCAGUUGGCUUGACAUAAUCAGACGUUGCCUGAAAAAAGCAAUAGAGGUUACAGAAUGCCUGGAAGCACAGAACAUCAACAUCCUUCUUUUAGAGGAGAACGCGUCCGACCUCUGCUGCCUGCUUUCCUCUCUGGUGCAAGUGAUGAUGGAUCCCCACUGCAGAACCAGGUUCGGUUUCCAGAGCCUCAUCCAGAAGGAGUGGAUCAUGGGUGGGCACUGUUUCCUGGAUCGCUGUAACCAUCUGCGUCAGAAUGACAAAGAGGAGGUGCCUGUAUUCCUGCUGUUCUUGGAUUGUGUCUGGCAGCUGGUGCACCAGCACCCCCCAGCAUUUGAGUUCACAGAAACUUAUCUGACCGUUUUGUCGGAUAGCCUGUACAUACCUAUUUUUAGCACCUUCUUCUUCAAUUCGCCUCAUCAGAAAGAUGCUAACAUGGGCAGGGAAAGCCAAGAUGCACAAAGCCAGCCCUUGAAUCUGCUCACCGUGUGGGAUUGGUCUGUACAGUUUGAACCCAAGGCCCAGAUGUUGUUCACAAACCCUCUUUAUGUGGAAAAGCCAAAACUGGACCAAGGCCAGCAGAAAGGAACGCAUUGCAAACAUCAGCGACAACUUUCUUUACCACUCACCCAGUCUAAAUCAUCUCCUAAACGAGGCUUUUUCAGAGAAGAAACAGACCAUUUGAUUAAAAACCUUCUGGGCAAGAGAAUUAGCAAACUAAUUAAUUCUUCCGAUGAGCUGCAAGACAAUUUUCGGGAGUUCUAUGACAGCUGGCACAGCAAGCCUCCCGACUACCACAGCCUGUUGCUGCCUCACAUUGAGGGGCCGGAAAUCAGAGUGUGGGCCCAGCGCUAUUUGCGUUGGAUUCCAGAAGCCCAAAUUCUGGGUGGAGGCCGAGUGGCCACCAUGAGCAAACUCUUGGAGAUGAUGGAGGAAGUGCAAAGCUUGCAGGAGAAGGUCGAUGAGAGACGCCAGAGCCGGCAGCGCCUGCAGGCAGAGGCCCCCUCCGGGCCGCGGAGCUCCACCCGCCUGUCCUCUCUGUUUCCCUUCGCGUUGCUGCAGCGACAUUCCUCCAAGCCCGUCUUGCCCAUCAGUGGUUGGAAAGCUUUGGGAGAUGAAGAAGAUUUGGCCAAACGAGAAGAUGAGUUUGUGGAUCUAGGAGAUGUGUGACUUUUCCGUUCAGGGUGGGUGUGAGAGGACUGUUGGCGAGCUGGACGGGAGUCAGAUGCAUCUGAUCGGCAGAUGGGCAUCUCGCUGAAGCUUCCUUUGGGGUGGGGGGCACUCACACAGGCCUCGGCAGAGCGAACCUGGGCCUUCAGGAAA